AUGGUUUUUCCGAAUACUGGAAUACCUCCACAGCAACGUGAAGGAUUUCAGGCCGUAAUUAAUAAUGGAAAAAUAUAUAUCUUUGUUGGAUCAGAAAGUGAUGCUUUUGGCAAAAUGAUUAUAUUUAAUUUGAACUUGCAAGAUUCAAUUUGGUCACUUGAAGUAAAUAAUAAUCCACCACUUGCAAGAUAUGGAUAUACUGCUACUAUACUUGUCGGUUAUAAUGCCGGUAAUGCUGAAGAUGGGUUAAUUUUUUAUAUUGGAGGGGUUUUUCAAGAUGAAUCCUAUGCAAAUAUGAAUGAGAUUCCCAUGUACAAUACAUUAAAAGAUAAUUGGUCAAAUGCAAAAAUGAAUCCAACUGGAAAAAUUAUUCCUGAAGGCCGACAAAUGCACUCAGCAGUCUUAUCUAAAUUUAAUACCAUUAUUGUAUAUGGAGGUUAUUAUUAUAAAGUUUCCUCAAAACCUGAAUUAGUUAUAUUGGAUAUUUCAAAUCCAAUCUACAAUUGGAUACAGCCAAUUACUGCAUCACCAUUACCAUCAUUAUCACCACCAUCACCACCAUCAAUACCAGCUGCAUCAUCACCACUAUCAUUACCAAUUAUAGCAAUUAUAAUUCCAAUUAUUAUUAUUUUAAUAAUAAUUGGUUUUUUGGUUUAUUAUAAAAGAUAUAAAAAACAAAAAAUAGAAAAUGAAAACAACAAUAAUAACAAUACUAAUAAUAAUUCAGAAGAAGUCCAAUAA